AUGGUUUCCGCCUCAAAGGCCGCCCGUAUGGCCAAGCGCGCCGAUGACAAGAAGACCAAGAAGGGCACUGAGACCCCUGAUGAGGGCGAUCAGCCUGCCACCACCACCGAGAAGAUGAAGGAGGUUGAGAAGCUCACCUCUCAGAUGGACAAGCACGGUCUGUCCGAUCGUGUCACUACUGGUGUCCUGUCCUCUCUGCCAGCUUCUCGUGAUGUUAAGAUCACCUCCGCUUCCCUUGUGUUCCACGGCAAGGUCCUCGUCACCGACUCCACCCUCGAGCUUAACUUCGGUCGUCGUUACGGUCUCCUGGGUGAGAACGGAUGUGGAAAGUCCACCAUCCUCAAGUCCAUCGCCCAACGCGAGUACCCCAUCCCCGAGCACGUCGAUAUCUACCUUCUGAACGAGGGUGCUCCUCCCAGUGACCUCGGUGCCCUUGACUGGGUCGUCCGUGAGGCUGAGAACCAGCUUGCCGAUAUGGAGCGCAAGGCCGAGGAGAUUCUGGAGCACGACGGCCCUGAGUCUCCUAUCCUCGAGGAUCUGUACGACCGUAUGGACAAGAUGGAUCCCUCCACUUUCCACACUCGUGCCUCUCUCAUUCUGACUGGUCUUGGUUUCAACAAGGUCACCAUCUCAAAGAAGACCAAGGAUAUGUCCGGUGGUUGGCGUAUGCGUGUGGCCCUUGCCAAGGCCCUUUUCGUCAAGCCCUCCUUGCUUCUUCUCGAUGACCCCACUGCCCAUUUGGAUCUCGAGGCCUGUGUGUGGCUUGAGGAGUACCUGAAGAAGUGGGAGCGCACCCUUGUCCUUGUUUCCCACUCCAUGGAUUUCCUGAACGGUGUCUGCACCACUAUGCUUGACAUGCGUAUGCAGAAGCUUCUCUACUACGGUGGUAACUACGACUCUUACCACAAGACUCGCAGUGAGCAGGAGACCAACCAGAUGAAGGCCUACACCAAGCAACAAGAAGAAAUCACUCACAUCAAGAAGUUCAUUGCUUCCGCCGGUACCUACGCUAACUUGGUUCGUCAAGCCAAGUCCCGUCAGAAGAUUCUGGACAAGAUGGAGGCCGAUGGUUUCAUCCAGCCCGUCACUCCCGACCGUGUCUUCACUUUCCGCUUCGCUGAUGUCGAGAAGCUGCCCCCUCCCGUCCUGUCCUUCGACGAUGUCAGCUUCUCCUACUCCGGAGAGUGGUCCGAUACCCUGUACGAGCACCUCGACUUCGGUGUCGACAUGGAUUCCCGUACUGCCCUCGUCGGCCCCAACGGUGUCGGCAAGUCUACUCUGCUCAAGCUUAUGACCGGUGCCCUCAGCCCCAUUGGUGGCCGUGUCUCCCGUCACACUCACUUGAAGCUCGGUGUGUACAGCCAGCAUUCCGCUGAGCAGCUGGACCUCACCAAGUCCUCCUUGGAGUUCGUCCGCGACAAGUUCCCCGAGAAGUCCCAGGACUACCAGUACUGGCGUCAGCAGCUGGGCAAGUACGGUCUCAGUGGUGAGUCCCAGACCGCCAUCAUGGGUACUCUGUCCGAGGGACAGAAGUCCCGUAUCGUGUUCGCCCUGCUUGCCAUUGAAUCCCCCAACAUGAUUCUGCUGGAUGAGCCUACUAACGGUCUCGAUAUCCCUACCAUUGACUCUUUGGCCGAUGCUAUUAACGCCUUCCACGGUGGUGUCGUUGUCGUGUCUCACGAUUUCCGUCUUCUUGACAAGAUCGCCAAGGACAUUAUGGUCUGCGAAAACAAGACUAUCCGUCGCUGGGACGGAAGCAUUGGCUUGUACAAGAAGCACCUGCGUGACAAGAUGUUGUCUGCCGGCGCUGUCUAA